UCGAUGAUGUUUUCUGGGUAGAGCCAUAUUGAUGAUGACGACGGACGCCUUGAGCCCCCCGAGUGGACCAUUUCCGGACAAUGCAGAAAUCCACAAGGCUACUCUGUUAGCUGUCAACUAUGCAAUAUUGUUUUGGGGAUACCAUAGCGUGCUGGAGGCCAUCCUACUUGAUAAUGGCGAUUUGUUUGGUAAUUGCAGUUGGUAUUCUGAGAAGCUAGUAGUAGAAAGAUUGAUUGUGCAAAUUAUAACCAACUUGCAGGAUGAGCUCGAGAAGAAAUCCAAGUUGUUCUCUGACCAUAGCCUGAGAUAUCUGUUCUUGCUUAACAAUUCCUACGUCGUACAAUAUCAGUUUCUUGUACCCAGCGACUACAGCCCUCCAUCGGAAAUAAAGUUCCACUAUGAGCAGUACCAAAAAGAGUAUAUGCGUGCCUCCUGGGAACCUGUUCUGUCUUGCCUACACGAUAAGAUGCCACCGUGCUUCCCUAAGCUCUCAUCGCAUUCGGAGCUGUCAAGAUUCGAGUUGGAAUUUGAGAAAACAUGCAGUCAUCAGAAGCUGUGGAAGGUCCCGCUUCCGAAUCUUAGGCAGAGCCUGCGAGAAACCAUCAUUAAUAAGAUCAUUACUAGAUACAAAAAGUACAUGGAGGACCAUCCAGAGCAGGAGAAAUGCGGCAGAGAUCCACUGGACAUGGAAGGCAUGGUGAAUGAUCUAUUUGAAGGAUGAAGGGGUUGCUACAGUUUCAGAAUGACAGGCCCGCACAAAUAGAGUAUAAGUUUUAAAGCAGCUACGAAGAGGAGGCCAAGGUUAAAUAGGUGUUCUUGAUGUCCUUUUUACUUUUACCGUAUUUUGAUGUCGGGUGCAAUUGUGUUCUUAUCCCUUGUUUCUUAACUCCAGCGGUGAUUUUACCCCUACCAUUUUAACUUUGUGAUUUUAUCAUCAUUUUUAGUUGAAGCUUGUGCCUGCGCCCAUUCCAUUAAGAGGACUUAAAGUUGUAAAAGUUCAUGUCAAAAGGGGCAAACUUCAUGUUAAGCU